AGUAAUUGCUUUCGUUUCACUUCUCGCCAUCUCCUCCGUUCUGCUCAUACUCUCGAAUACUCCAAUGGCGUCCCCACCGGGCAUACUCAAGAAAUUCAGAACACGAAGCCCUGCCGUAAGAGAAUUUCUAUCGGAAUUCUUUGGGACUUUCAUUUUAAUAAUUUACGGUAACGCAGCUUUCGCUUCAACUAUCUUAGAAGGAAAGGGAGUUCCUGAUGUAUUCGGAGUGACCUGGGCUUGGGGAGUUGGAGUGAUUUUGGGUAUCACAAUCUCAGGAGGUGUUUCAGGAGGGCACAUUAAUCCAGGAGUAACAGUAGGCUUUGCUGCAGUUGGCAAAUUCCCAUGGCGAAAAGUACCAAUAUACCUUCUUGCGCAACAUUUGGGGGGCUUCUUCGCUUCUGUCGUCUUAUAUUUCACAUUCUUUGAUGCCUUCAAUAACUUUGAUCCAGAAGGAACAGUGAUUGGAGAGACAAGAAGUGCUUGGGUUUUCGCAACAUAUCCCAGAGAAGGAAUCGCAAUAUGGAACUGCUUCUUUGGAGAAAUUGUUGCUGGUGGUCUUCUCAUGUUUACUGUGAUGGGAAUUGUUGACUCGAAGAACUUGAAUAUUCCGAAGUAUCUGUGGCCAGUAUUCAUCGGAUUCAUGAUCCAAGUUACAGCUCAAGUUUUUGGAUUGAAUUGCAUGGCACCAAUCAAUCCGGCUCGGGAUUUUCCAACCAGAGUGUUCACAGCAAUCGCUGGCUGGGGCGCUGAAACAUUCAGCAUACGUAAUUACGGUUAUUGGUGGAUUGGUAUCGUGGGCCCUCAUGUAGGCUGCAUCAUUGGAGCUUGGUUUUAUUAUCUAGCUAUAGAACUGCACUGGCCCGAAGAGAAGGAGAUUGAAGAUGGAGAUAUUCCUUUGAGUAUCGAAGCUAAAGACAGGAAGAAAUAGAAGAGAUGUCUAGCAUCCCUAUUUUGCUAUAACGAAGAAUCAGAAAUCAUUUCCUCACCAUACAAAGCAGAGCUGGACGAUUUUUGCUUAAUAUGCAUCAAAUAUCAAAUUAAACGUCAAAACGCUUAUUCAUAUGUAGUGGAUACAAAUAAAGUUUUCAUUUUACUUUUA